GGGGCAUUUCUCUAGACUUGAUCCCGCCAUAGUUUUCCCACUCUACUACCACAGAGCCAUCAUCAAACCCACCCCCAGUCCAACCCACCUUCUCCACAGUGCGUUAGAUAGGCUAGUAGGCUGCUGCUCUCUAUUCGUUCAACGGGCCGACUGCAAGGAUUUUGAUUUCAACUACAGCUCCACAUAUUUUACUGGAUCAUUUGAACGUUUCCGCCCCCCCCCCCUCGAUAGUCCGUUUUGAUUUGUUUUGUAUUCGAGGAUCUUUCAGUUGUUGUUUUUUAGGUCUUGCCUGUGUGGACACAACUAGUGUGACAUCCAGAUAGAGUCAGAUCUCCAACGAAGUCCCACUCCUCUUACUUUAUAGGCAUAUUUUCCGUUAGACCGUUCGGCCCAUUUGGACUUACAAAUACAUCUGCCAAAAUGAACAAGCUAUACAUUGGAAAUCUGAACGAUAAAGUGACUGUCGAAGAAUUGGUUAAACUCUUUGAAGAUUACAAUCUCGUAUACGUCGGGGAAUUUCUGCUGAAAACCGGCUAUGCAUUUGUGGAUUGUCCGGACGAUCAAUGGGCUAUGAAGGCUAUCGAGGCGUUUUCUGGUAAAGUGGAACUUCAUGGGAAACGUAUCGAGGUCGAGCACUCCGUCCCCAAGAAGCAAAGGACCAGGAAGUUGCAGUUCAGAAACAUCCCCCCUCACCUGCAGUGGGAGGUGUUAGAUGGUCUGCUGGCGCAGCAUGGCACCGUGGAGAACUGUGAACAAGUGAACACAGACAGCGAGACGGCCGUGGUCAACGUUACAUACGGAACCCGGGAACAUGCCAGGCAAGCCAUCCAGAAGCUCAAUGGCUACCAGUUUGAGAACAAUGCCCUGCACGUCUCCUACAUCCCCGACGAGACCUCCGAGGCGGAGGGCGGCCCGCGGGGGCCCGACAACGGCCGGCGCCCCGGCUACGGCCCCCGCGGCGGGCACCGCGGCGGCGGCUCCCCAGGCUCCGGGAUGCCCCCCAAGCACCAGCACACCGAUAUCCCCCUGAGGCUCCUGGUGCCCACGCAGUACGUCGGGGCCAUCAUCGGCAAGGAGGGGGCCACCAUCCGCAACAUCACCAAGCAGACGCAGAGCAAGAUCGACGUGCACCGCAAGGAGAACGCAGGGGCGGCGGAGAAGCCCAUCAGCAUCCACUCCACCCCUGAGGGCUGCUCCGCCGCGUGCCGCAUGAUCCUGGACAUCAUGCAACAGGAGGCCAAAGACACCAAGACCGCCGAUGAAGUACCGCUGAAGAUCCUGGCUCACAACAACUUUGUGGGACGUCUCAUCGGGAAGGAGGGGCGCAACCUGAAGAAGGUGGAGCAGGACACCGACACAAAGAUCACCAUCUCACCGCUCCAGGACCUGACCCUGUACAACCCAGAGAGGACCAUAACGGUGAAGGGCCCCAUCGAGGCCUGCUGCCUGGCCGAGGCCGAGGUCAUGAAGAAGGUCAGGGAGGCCUACGACAACGACAUCGCCGCCAUGAAUCAACAGACUCAUCUGAUUCCAGGCCUGAACCUUGGGGCCCUGGGCCUGUUCCCGCCCUCCGGCUCCAUGCCCCCUCCCCCGCCCGGCAACUCCUCCUCUUGCGCCCCCUACGGAUCCUUUGGGACUCAGGAGCAGGAGACGGUCCAUGUGUACAUCCCUGCCCAGGCGGUUGGAGCCAUCAUCGGCAAGAAGGGACAGCACAUCAAACAGCUGAGCCGCUUCGCUGGGGCGUCCAUCAAGAUCGCCCAGGCUGAGGCUCCUGAUGCUAAGAUGAGGCAGGUGAUCGUGACAGGCCCACCUGAGGCCCAGUUUAAGGCUCAGGGCAGGAUCUACGGCAAGCUGAAGGAGGAGAACUUCUUUGGGCCGAAGGAGGAGGUGAAGCUGGAGACCCACAUCAAGGUGGCAGCGGCGGCGGCAGGGAGAGUCAUCGGCAAGGGAGGCAAGACGGUGAACGAGCUUCAGAACCUAACAGCAGCCGAGGUGGUGGUCCCGAGGGAGCAGACCCCAGAUGAGAAUGAUCAGGUCAUCGUCAAGAUCAUCGGACACUUCUACGCCAGCCAGCUGGCCCAGAGGAAGAUCCGUGACAUCCUGACCCAGGUGAGGCAGCAGCAGAAGGGGGGGAUGGGUGGGCGGGCCAGCCCCCACCCCCAGGGCCUCUCAGAAAUGGGCGGGGCCCAGGCCCCUGCCCCGGCCCAGGCCCCGGCCCCACAGGGACAGUCCCAGGAGCGCAAGAAGUGAGCCGUUGCCCCCCCCCCCCCCCCCCCCACUGCCUGACGAACAAGACGCACGGACGAACUGGUAACGCAACACGGACGGACUGAAACGGGAGAGCGACGCACGGACCCAGCUGUAGACGGGGAGGAAAUACGAAGGGGGAGGGUAGGGGAGAGGUGAUGCCUGACAGCGAGACGGGGGGGAGAGAGACCAGAUGUUUAGACAGAGAGAGAGAGAGAGAGAGAUAGGAGUAGGCGCAUAACAGGAGAAACUAAUAAGAUCAAAUAAGCGAGAACAGGGAGACCAGACGCCAGGGCAGAGGAGGGGCUGACGAAGGGCGGAGGGAUGAAGGUGUGACAGGAAGGCGCUGAUGGGAAGCGGUGUUGUUGUCGUGUCUUCCAGUGCAGCUCUGUAGCACUCCAAAAGGACGCAGAGGAGGAGGGGGUGAUGAAUAUCUGCUGCAACAACACAGACGGGAACACCACUGGAUAAGCCCUGAUGGAGCCUAGGAUAGGACGGACGUGAUACAGCCUUGCUGCUCUUACACUAAAGGCUAGCGUUUUUUUAAUCGACCACAGUGGCCAGAGGGGCGAGGUCCCUACGGCUCCUGGUCAGAGUGAUCAGUGCUCCGGAAGAGGCCCACUCCGCCCCUCUGGUGCCCCCCUGUGUGCACCUCUCCUCACCGCUCCAGCAGCCAGUCUCAUAUUUUAAGGGUGUUUUUUUUAAGAAACAAAAAAGAUAGAUAUAUGUAUAGAAAUGUUUUAUUCAGAGCUAUUAUUGAUAGAAUGCAGUCAGGCAGAAAACCGGGAGAGGGGAAUGGGAAGUGGCAAACGGGAUAGGUCACACUCCCUCACGCCAGCCAAUGAACGUUAAGCAGAGGGGCCGCAGAUGUUAACACUGCUCUGUGACGGUGCCUCCGACUACGGGGGGCACCGGAAGAAAAAAAAGAAAAUAUGAGGUUGUAAAUAUAUAAUCUUCAUGUCAAUGUUGAAAAAUGCCGUGUCCAGCUCGCCUUGCCUUUUUUCCUUUUGUCCGGGGAUUUUCUGUAUAACGCCCGGGCCCCCAGGCCUGUCGUUGUGUAGCAGUAAUGUAGCCUACAUGGAGGCCGGGGCCUGGGCAGGCACUGAACCCCCUAGCCUUCAGCUCUGUGGCGGCGGGCACGGCAAGAGACAGUAAGGUGGGCGGAGGUCGCGGCGGGGGCCCUGCAGUUCUAUUGCAGCGGCUCUCGCUCCGAGACACGGAACUAACAAACCGGGAAAAACUGCCCAGUGGCUAUGCUAGCUGGGAAGCGGCCCGCACCCUAAACGGCAUAUUUUAUAUAUAUUGUAUAUAUAUGAUAUGUGAGUUAGCCCGGCCCCUCGGGUGAAUGGUUCCACGGCAGAGGAGCGCAGGUGUAUCGGCGCUAGAGCCCCCACCUGCGGGGGAUGCGGUGACAGACAGACAAGGUGCGUCUGACAGCAUCUGAUCAUCGCACGCCUCUUUAUUCAAUGGCUGGUUUGGUAGACUUGUGCUAAUACAGGGAGUCACCACUAGAGGACGCCUCUAGGAAUGACCCCAAGAGUGCAUGCUGUAAUUUGAGAGCAGCACAAGCCCUCGACCAGGCCCGGGGGAAGCAAGGAGUCUUCCAGCUGUCCCCCAACUCUCCCUGCCUGGAGUUUAGUGUCCAAGAGUUAACAUCAGAAAAAAGGGUUGUGGCUUCCUGGUUCCCUCUCCCCAAUCUGCCAAUGGCCUGUGGGUGGGAGUCUCCAGGCCCCGCCUGUGUAUGACAAUGAGGGGCGGGGUUUAUGACUGGACAUUCCCAUCGAGAUUAGAACAGAUUAGAGAAGAAAUGCGAUUAAAACAAAAAAGAAUAAAAAAAAGCCUACCUCAGGGUGAAGUUACCUCAGUAUUCCUUUGUUUUGCUUGCUGGUGUUUUCAAAAAGAGACAAAGAAAGCUGAAAGUCCUGAAUAUUUUUUAUUUUUUUAAUGAAAAAAGUAUUUUUGUUAGGUUUUGUCUUGUUGCUUUGUUUAUUUUUUUCUGUUUUCUUUUGUUGUUGUGGUGGUGGGGAAUGAGCUCAGGAUGACGACAAGGUUGCGUUCAAGCUUGAUCAGAGAAAGAUAACUCAUUAGUCACCAAUCGUUGAUUGGUGACCAGAGGCCGGAAACAUCCGCAGGCUCUUUCUGAACGUGUAGUGAGAGAAAAACAAAACAAAGAGAAAAUAUCAGCCAAUGGGGGAGUGGCAUUCCUUAAGAGGCGGGUCCUACAGUACACAUGCUAACUGUGUGUCUCAAUGAGAGAUCUUUUACUGUCUUCUGUGGUUUCAUCAGAUGGAUAAUCCCCUGAUGCUCAUUUUCUAAUAUGUGUACAAGCUGUGAUAGCGGAGGAACCCAUCUGUUUUAAAAUCUCCCUUUUCUAACACAAACCCCUGGCCCAAUCCGAGGCCACUGAUUGGCUCAGACGGACCCUCUUUCUGGCUGCCUUACACUGACGACAUCACGAUGAUGCACCAACAACCAAACAGUCUGUAAGAGGCCGGGCCGCGGGUACGGCACAACACAUGAGGAGAAUACAUUUUAAGAGACUGCCUGGAAGUGACCCUCGAAAUAUAAAGUUUAACGAAAACGAUAUGCAAAACAUGCUGAAGAUAACGACAGCGCGUGUGGGCUGUGUCGAUCGGUCUACUUGUUUAUUGUGCCCUCUUAACGGAUAGCCACGGCCACAGGAGGUGUCGGGAAUUUGUUGUUUGUCGGAGUUGUGCCGAGUGCUACAACGGAGAUCAAAGAUGCGACAGCUGUAUUCGUAGAAAUGUAUUAAAAAUACGGAAGGGGCAUUCUACCUGUACAAACACACACACAACACACAUCUGAACACACACCUAAACUUGCUCUGACUGCUCUGAAUGUGAAUAUUUAUUACCUGUGCACUGACCGCAACACCUCAGACGCUUCGUGUUGGCUGUGUGUGUGUGUGUGUGUGUGUGUGUGUGUGUGUGUGUGUGUGUGUGUGUGUGUGUGUGUGUGUGUGUGUGUGAGAGAGAGAAUGUGGAUGUGCGUGCGUGUGUGUAUGAUUUGAAUGUGUUUGCGUGUUGUUUUUUAGUUUCACCGGUUUUAAAGGUUCAUUUUAGAGAGGCGAGUGGGUGAAGAAAAAAAGUAGAACAGAGAGCUUCGGCCCUUUGUCUGGUUCGACCGGUCGUGGGGAUUAAACCAAUUAUCUCGACGAACGGGGGUGAAGAAGAAGAAAGAAAGGAAAUGCAAGAGAGUUUUUAAAAACAACUAAAUAGUGAGGCAAAUCAAUCACAUCGGAUAAGCCAGAUGUGAGAAAAUAUAGGUGAACACAAUCACAAUUUUUCUAUUUUUGAAAACAAAUAAAAAGAUGGUGGGACACAGUAGAAAACCAGAGUUAUCUAACCAUGCGUCAGAAUAUCAAGGGACACUGCCAGAUGGAUCUUUACUGCCUUGUCUGCAUGUCAUGCCACCACCUUAAUCUACCCGGGGACAUAACCGGCUCACUUUUCAACAGAAAACUGAAACCUCCAUCCAUCUCUGUGCUUCCAUUUUUUUUUAUAUCAGAGGCUGUAACUCAACUAUUGCAAUUAACCAAGCGAGGCCGGAGUCAAUUAUAAAGCUUCGUUAAGGUCAAGGAAGCAAAAGCAUUGAAGCGUUGGACCGCAUCUGCUCGACUACCGACCACUCCGGUAUAUGCCGUCAUCUUGUGGCUAGCUAGCUAACUUGGUGAGGAAGCUAAGUAACCCUCUCUCUCCUUCUUCUAGAGAGCUCUGUUCACAAGCGCCAAGACAUGCCCUUUAGGAUUUGUAUUUAAUUUUCAUCAGCUUCCAUUCAGCAACCGUUUUAGAUGAUUAUUUUCUUUAUUUUCUUUUUGUACAAUACAGCAAGCUUUAUUUUGGACGGGACAUCUGGGCUGAUGUACUGUAGCAUUAAUCAAUAAAUUAAAUACAUGAAUAAAUAAACAAACUACAGAGAGAACCUCCUGUAAAGGAUGCGAGGGAGUGGGGGAGGGGAGAGGAGAGAGUGGGGGAUUCUGUACAUAUCUGGGACCCUUAGUGAUGGGGGAGGGUUCAGUCGCUUGAAGUGCUACAGUUUCAGUAACUGCAGCAUCAUUAUGACACACAGAUUCACACACACAUACGUACACUGCCUCCAUAUUCCUUCUAUCCAUGCUCGCAAUGCUUUAUCUUUUCCCUCAUUCUCUUCUGCUCAUUAUUCUUCUAAUUUUUUGAGAGAGCUGUCUCCUUGUCGCUGGUCUCCAUUUUGGUCUGUUGUGGUAUUCCUCCAAGCAUUCUCAUCCUGUAGAAUACUUUUUUGUUUUUUGAUAUACUUUAAUUUCCCUAAACAAGACAAUUACAAAAUAUGACAAUAUAUGGCGUUUAGCUCAGUCCACGACAGUUACUGUGCCAAAAUAUCCUCAAAAGGUUUCCCUUCCCCGAUGCUAUAUAUAAAAGGAACUGAAGCUGAUACCUAACAUUUAACUUCAAACUUAAUCAAGUUAAAUACAGAUGAAAUAUACCUUAAAAUCUCAGGUAUAACACUUUUUUUUCGUUUUACUUGAAUGGAAUAUAAACAAAAAGAAAAACUUUUCUCACCGCGUCCCCCUGUCUGUUAUGCACUCUUGAAAGUGAACCUAACUUGCAGAUGUUUUAUCACAUGUGACAUGGGGCCCACCAUUCUCGUCAAAUGCUGUCUGUGCAGAAUAAUGACUAUAUAAAUGGAUACAUAAGAAGAAACUCUCUUCCCCUCCCUUAUGCCAUUAGGGUAACGCUUCAAUGAAUUAUCUUAGUUUACGAUAAAAAGCCACCAUGAGGCAACCAACACCCUCCCCCCCUUAGAAAAUGGUAUGCCCCACACAAAGAAAAAAAUGAAAGCAUCGGUGAGCCAGUGUUUAUCUUGACCACUCAGAUUCAUUCUUGCGCAUUUCGAGACCUUUCAAGCGAGAUUAUUCAAAAUGUAAGAUGGAAUAAGUAAAGUACUCGUUAGAAAAGUCUCGGGGUAAACCUGGAGAUUUGACGUGUGCGAUGACAACAUCAACGCUUAACCUUUCUAUCUUUCAUGCAACUUUUAGUACGACUUUGUGACUGGACCUGAUGCUUUAGAACUGACUUACCAGAGACAGACAGACAGACAGACAGACAGACAGACAGACAGACAGACAGACAGACAGACAGACAGACAGACAGACAGACAGACAGACAGACAGACAGACAGACAGACAGACAGACAGACGGACAGAUUGAAAGACAGACUUGUAACUCUUCUAAGGACAGUUAGACACAGACUUCUGCAUGUCACGAUCAACUACCGAUCUUUUGGAGGCUUUGUCGACCAUCUCCGCCAGGUUGAGGCAGGUGGUUGUUGACCUGGACAAAAUAACACGGACAGACAUAUGAACACAACUAGCAACGCUACCUCAAAAUAUAUAAAUAAAAAAUAUCAACAAUAAUAUCACUUUUUUUUUCUCUCCACAAAAACCGACCACAGCAAUCAUACAAUCAGACAGUAAGGACAGACAGCGCAUGCUAACGUGGUGAGGCACAUGUUUUCCCCCCUCUUUUACUUUAAUUUAUUUUACAUAUUUUUUAUUUUCAGUUUUUUUGGUUUAAUUUAACAUCUCAACGUAGAGAUGGGUCUGUUAAAAAUACAGACACGUAAGGCCGGGUGGGUUCAGAGUGUGCGUGUAAGUUAGCAGGGCUGGCUGGGAAGAGGGACUUGAAAUAUACUAACAAAAGGAUAAUACUAUAGCUUUAUUUUUACCCUGUUAUAAUAUAAUUUUAAUAAACCUGACUGUGGUUUGGAGCUAUGUGUCACUGUGGACUCAUUCACAACAUAUGUCGAAAACAACAAAGAAAUAGCUCAAAACUAUAAAAAUGUCCAGUUUGGCUUAGCUAAGUUUAGUUUAGUUCUCUAAUGCUAUUAGCCAAAUUUCCCUUCCAGCUCUGCAAUCCUGCCGAACCCUCUGUCUCUCACCUCAUGACUCCACCUCUGAAAGGAAGGGGGAAACACCUGUAACCAUGUAUUUUUUUGUUGUUGUUGAUCUACCUCUUAGCAAAAUAUAGGAAAAUGGCUGAAAAAAUCUUUUGAAAAAAGGACACAAAAAAAUAAAAAAGGUUUUCAAAAAAAAUGCUUGAAAGAAAUAUAGGUAUGAAUAACUGGGUAGCAGCUUCUCCAUAUACCGUAGUGGAUAGUCUAUUAAAGGAAUAAAAAAAUACUUUUACUUCUUCCAAAGAUUAUUUUGUUUUUCUUUCACCAUUGUUAGUUUUUCUUUUAAGGUUUAUACAAUGGAACAAUAAACCUCAUAGGGGGAAAGAACAUCUCUUCUCUUUUCAUAAAAACAACAUGAGAUUUAACUUUAAAAUUUUCAUUUUUAUUUUUGUCAUUUCAUUGAUUAUUGAACUUGACCUUACGUAACCACAACACGAUUAUUCAUGUUUCAUUUUUGAUCGAUUUCUAAUCAUUUUCUCUGUCUCUUUGUGAUUGCCUAUCUUUUUUUUCUUUUUCUUCAAAUGACAGCGGAUUGUGUAUCUCUUGCGUUUGGAUGCAGUGAAUGAUGCUAACCUCCAUGUGUCCCUUGAUUCUGAAACGCAUACAUUUUCUUUUAUAGUUGCACCCUUUAAGGACCUGCUCGUAAAAUCACCGUGACAUCUCUCUGUUUCAACGUUGUGGGCCUACUUUCACAUCUGAGUCAUUUGAAAAAGGAAAAAAAAUAAAACGCACUGUUGUUUAGCUGGCAUUGGAGCCAAGUUAGAAGGUGUUUAAAGGCUUUUAAAGAGGGCCGGGGGUACCCUUCUCUUGUCAAAGUGUGAUAAAUCUCAAGGCCUAUACCUGUACCUAAUCACAGCACAGGCUCAGGUUAUAUUUUUUAACUGCUACAACUGAGCCCCUAUUUACUGCCUGAUAACAACAAUAACAUUGAGUGAAUCGUAAUGUUUGUAUUGACGUUCCUGUGUCAGCCAUCUGUUAGUUUUAUUGACAGACCAUAGCGUGUCCAGGGAGUACAAACUGUUACUUUCUAUCUGUUCAGGUAUGACAUGGACUGAUCUAUGCAUCAAAUAGUUAAAAAGAAUAAUCAAAAACCAGCCUUGUGUGCUUUUGUAAUAACAUAACCCGGGCGGUUAGGCUUGCUGAGCUUUUGUACGCAACUGUCGAGGCCCGUCGAGAGAAGGGUACUUCUGUGUCAGUUCUCCCCUAUGGCACAGGGUGGCACUGUUGUCUUUGCAGUAUAUAGACUUACACCCUCUACCUGUCUAAUUCUAUUUAGUCCUCAUCAUCACUUGAUUUAAACUACUUGUAAACAAAGCAGAGCAUAGCUAUGAAUGUGUUAUUAAAAGAAGAGAAAAUUGA